UCUAAAUGGACGUCUCUCACAAAGACUACCUCAUCUCAGCCUUCCACCAAGUCCUUGGCGUGGUCACACUCCUCGUUUGCCUCCUCACCGAGGUCUCCAUCUUCGCCUCCGACCGCCAUGGGGCAAUGUACCUCGUCCCUCUAUGCUCAAUCCUCCUCCUUUACGGCCAUCGCCGGCAUGCGGGCACCACUGGCAUCAGCCUGGUAGACUUCUCCUGCCUGAAACCACAACGACGGCUGCGAACACCCAUCCCAAAGUUCAUCGAGCACAUCAAACUCGGGGGCUGCUUCGAAGACGAUGGCGUCGAGUUCAUGUCCAAAGCUGUUGUGGCGUCGGGCAUGGGCGACGAGACCUACUUCCCGCCGUCGCUGCACCUGAUUCCGCCGGACGCGACGCACGGCAACGCUGUGCAGGAGGCGCGCAUGCUGCUGCUCCCGACGCUCGACGAGCUAUUCGGCAGGACCGGCGUGCCGCCCACCGCCGUGGGGGCGCUCAUCGUCAACUGCAGCGGGUUCUGCCCGGCGCCCUCCCUGGCGGCGAUGGUCGCCAACCACUACCACAUGCCCAGCGACGUCAAGACGUUCAACAUCUCCGGCAUGGGCUGCUCCGCGGGCGUCGUCGGCGUCGACGUCGCCAGGAACAUCCUCAUCACCCACCCGACCAUCGCGUACGCCGUCGUGGCCAGCACGGAGGUGAUCACGGUCGGGUGGUACAACGGGAGAGACCACAGCAAGCUGCUCCUAAACUGCACGUUCCGCAACGGCUGCUCCGCCGUGCUGCUAGCGAGGAGCGGGCACGGCAUGGCGGCUCCGACGCCGCCGCCCAAGUACCGGCUCCUCCGCCUUGUGCGCACGAACCUCAUCGCCAACGACGACGGCUACCACUCCGGCUACCGCGAGGAAGACGACGAGGGCAUCACCGGCUUCAACGUGGCGCGAGGCGUCGGCGGCGCGUUCGAGGAGGUCCUGCGCGCGCACCUCGCCUCGCUGGGCAUGUCCGUCCUGCCGUGGCGGGAGAAGCUGCGUUACGCGACGGGGUUCGUGCUGUCGCGGCUGCAGAAAACACCAGCAGGUUACCAGCAGCUGGUCCCCAACUUCGGAGCGGCGGCAGAGCACUUCUGCCUGCCGACGACGUGGGCGCCGAUGAUCCGGAGGCUCGGGCAGGGGAUCGGGCUGGGAGAGAAGCAGAUGGAGGCGGCGCUCAUGACCUACCACCGGUUCGGGAACCAGUCGGCGGCGUCGCUGUGGUACCAGCUCGCCUACCACGAGGCCAAGGGGUUGGUCCGGAAGGGAGACAAGGUGUGGCAGCUCGGCGUGGGGACUGGCCUGAAGGUGAACAGUGCGGUAUGGGAGCGUGUCGCUGCCGACGAGGACGACCUCGCCGGUGUCGGGCGAGAUGGGAAGAGUGCAGGACCGGCGGAACGGCAGGGGCCGUGGAUGGACUGCAUCCACAGGUACCCUGUUUGGGACUGAAAAACUUGCAACUCUGGUGGCGAUGGUCACAGUUAUUUGUUUCUUUUAUUUGCCAAUGAUGGCACACAUAUAGUCUUGGUGUUCCACAAUGUUAUUCCAAAAUAUGCCACAAUAAUAUCCUUCUUAAUUGACAA